AUAUUCGAAUAGCUGUGUUCGAGUGAACUUUUUAAACUCAGCCAAUUCUCAAAUCCUUAUCGGUGAUGCGUUGGGUAUUACGAAAGUGAUACGUGAACUAAACGUUUUUUGUAUUAUUUGCUUUUGUUGAUAACUCGGGAGAUAAAAGAUGAAAUACAUCACAACGUAAAAUUCCCAUGUGUUCGAUCAUUUAGUCAUUUGAUGUUUGCGGUGAAGUAAGGUUGUGUGUACAGUCGAUAUUGCGAAUUUAAAUUUUUUUGUUGAAAAAUUUGCGAGAAAAAAAGUGAAUGAAAAGAAAAUGUUUGGAUUUUGUGGAUCGCAGCUGUGGGAUUCGAAUACAACCUGGCAUACAAUAGAUCCACACUUUACACAAUGCUUUGAACUGACAAUACUCGUUUGGGCACCAUGCUUACUCCUUUUCGUGCUAGCUCCACUGGAUAUUUACUACAUUAGAUGCAGCAAGUACGGCAAUAUUCCUUGGGGAUUUAUCAACAUCGCACGUCUGGUUAUUCCAUCGCUACUAAUAUGUCUGUGUAUUGUCGACUUAUCAAUAGCUGCAGCGUAUCGCAGCGAAUACAGCUUGCAAAAUGUGUACAUGGUAUCUCCAGCCGUUAAAAUAGUUACAUUUCUUCUAGCCAUUUACUUAGCGUACCUGCACAAAGCUAAUGGCAUUGUAUCAUCGGGUAGUUUGUUCCUGUUUUGGCUAACAUUGGUAGUGUGUGCGAUACCACAAUACCGUUCCGAGAUCGUUCAAUUUCAACAAAGAACUCCCACAUUCGGAAGUGAAAAGAUAUCGUGGCAUGACUAUCAGUUUUUGAGCUACAUGUUCUAUUUUCCGUUGGUCACCGUACAAUUGCUCGUGAAUUGUUUCUCUGAUAAGAAGCCCUCGAAGUCAGCGUAUGCAGAGCAAAGGCAACCGAAUCCGGAAAUCGAAGCCAGUUUUUUGAGGAAACUGUUCUUCAUCUGGUUCGAUUCGUUUGCGUGGAUGGGCUACCGGACUCCAUUGACGACCGAUCAUAUGUGGGAUAUUCGACCAGAAGACACUACUCGAGAAUUGGUACCCGGCUUCGAGAAACACUGGCAAGAAAGUGUUGAAAGUGGUAAACGGAAAGCGCAUAGUAAAGCGAAGCCAAGCAAAGAUGAUUCGAAUAACAAAACGACAAACGGAUCGAUUCUACCUGCUAUGUUCAAGACAUUUGGUGGAACAUUUUACUUUGCUGGAUUUUUAAAGUUAGCUCUGGACGUACUAGCUUUCGCAUCGCCACAGCUUUUAAGCCUUCUCAUCAACUUCACCGGCGACUUUGAUGCCCCACUAUGGCAUGGAAUCCUGUUCGCCGUUGGCCUAUUUCUAGUUUCCGUUGGAUCGUCCUUAAUUAACGGUCAAUUUUUGUACAAAUCUUUUCUGGUUGGAUUUCGCAUUAGAAGUGCAUUGAUUAGUGCGAUAUACAAAAAGGCGCUGACCGUAUCGAAUUCUGCGAAGAAAGACACGACAGUCGGAGAAAUUGUUAAUUUAAUGAUCAUCGAUGCACAGAGAUUCUUCGAACUUAUACAAUAUUUGCAUAUCAUAUGGGCUGGACCGUUAACCAUUGCUUUGUCAUUAUAUUUCCUCUAUCAGAUUCUCGGCGUAGCUGUAUUUUCCGGAUUAAUCGUCAUGAUUCUGAUGUUUCCACUGAAUGCUUACAUUGCAACGAUGUUGAGGAAUUAUCAGAUAGUUCAAAUGAAACGAAAAGAUGAAAGGGUGAAAAUGAUGAAUGAAACGUUGAGCGGUAUUAAGGUGCUGAACAAAAUUAUCGAGAAAUUUGUAUGGAAUAUACUUUGAGUCGGCCGUUUUUCAGCCUGUAAGCAAAUUUUCAACAUGCGAGAAACAUUUUUGUUUCUGAAAAAAAGUUAUGACAUAUGCUGCUUAUAAAGUGUUCAGUAUAGUCCAGAGAUGUUUUUAAGCCACUUUCCACAAAAAUUUGGAGAUACGGACUUUCGAUAUGGCGGUAUAAAGUCAAACUUUUGUUUCGCGGAAGUCUUUAAAGACUUUAUCUCCUGUAAUGUCAUAAUAUUCACAAUUUGAGUGUCACUUUUAGAAUCAAAAUGGGCCAGAUUUAAACACGUCAUUCACAGGACGUUACGUUUAUUAACUGAAAAUUUCGACAAUUGGUCAUUUGCGCAUCGCUAUCUUCGAUAUUUUCUCAUUUAUUCACGUAAAACUUCGAUAUUUUCUCAUUCAUUCACGGCGAACUUCGAUAAUUUCACAUUUAUUCACUGAAAAUUGACAAAUUCUUGACAGUGUACUAGAUGUGUGUUUCAUUUGUG